AUGACGUCCGAUGAGAAACGUAGCCCAGAAGAACAACCCUUGCACGAAAAGAAAGAAGCCACAAACGAAUUGGCAAACAAGACUUUCUUCGAAAAAAUAUGCUACAUAAAGUCAAGUGUAACAGUGGAACCAAUAGUUGCUGGUCUUAUUAUACCAGCUAUGCUAUCCAGGCUUGCGAUACAAAACUUAAACUUGGAUAAAGUCUGCAGGGUCAAAGAGAGCUUUGGUGACGAAAUUUGUGAUGCUCUCUUGCAAAAGAAGGGCAAUUUAAGUAACUACGAAGCAGACAUUCAAAGAGUCAUCUCAUCUAUAGAAGCGUGGAAGAGUGUCAUACAGACAGCAUUACCAACUAUACUGGUUAUAUUCAUGGGUGCUUGGAGUGACCGGACUGGAAACAGGAAGCUUUGCAUCCUCCUACCACUCUUUGGAGAAUUUCUCGUCUGCAUAUCCAAUAUUCUGAGCACCUUUUUCUUCUACGAGAUCCCUGUGGAGGCUACGAUGUUUCUAGAAGCUUUCUUCCCGGCUGUAUCUGGCGGCUGGGUUAUGGUUUAUUUGGGUGUUUUCAGUUACAUAAGUGAUAUAACCACUAAAGAAUCCAGGACUUUCCGUGUGGGGUUGGUAAAUUUGUGUCUGACCGCUGGUAUACCAAUUGGAACUGCCCUGAGUGGAAUUUUGUUGAAUUUAUGGGGGUACUACGGAAUAUUCAUUAUUUCCGGAGGUGUUUACUUAAUAACAAUUAUUUAUGGAAUUUGCUAUUUGGAAUCGAAUACAAAGAAUGUGAAUGAGAAGGAAAAACCAUUCAAGUUGAUGGAUGUAUUUUCUUUGGUGAAAGAGACAGCUCAAGUUGCCUUUAAGAAAAGGGAUGGAAAUUUGAGGAAGAAAAUUAUCCUAACCUUGUCCGUAGUGGCCAUUGUAUACGGGCCAAAUCACGGCGAGAGAAUAAUCACCUACAUGUUUGUGAGAUAUCGGCUGAAAUGGGAUGCUUUAAAAUUCAGUUUCUACUCCACUUAUAGUGUCAUCACACAUUCUCUAGGAGCACUUUUCUCAAUCAGUGUCUUUAGCAAACGUUUGGGCUUCGAUGACAGUGUCUUAGCUUUGAUUUCCAUUGUCAGUAAAAUGAUCGGCUCCAUCUUCAUCGCGUUUGUGCAGACGGACUUUGAAAUGUUUAUGGUGCCCAUCGUAGAAAUACUCAAUGCAACAACAUUCACGUCGUUAAGGUCGAUGGCCUCUAAGUUGGUGCGCGACGAAGAAAUGGGAAAAAUGAAUUCCCUAUUCAGCUUGGUGGAGACUUUGGCGGCUUUGCUCUUUGAUCCGACCUACUCCAUACUCUAUGCUCGCACCCUGACUGUGUUUACAGGGGCUGUGUACAUAUAUAGUGCGAUUCUGACUAUACCAGCCAUUUCUAUGUUAUUGUGGCUGUUUGUUCGAAGGGAAAGCCGACGGAGGGAAGAAAAGGACAUCGAGAAUUGA